AAUCACCAAUGGCGACAUGUUUUGGAUAAAUAAAACUGUCUCCAACAUUGUUUGAUUACAAUUUUCGGAAAAAAUAAAUUUUUUCAUGCGUAUAUUCAUCUAAUAAAUUAAUUAAAAAUUUUCUGCAUUAGUAAAAUCUAAUUCGGGCAUAAAUUCGUAUUAACUUUGUGUUUAUAAUUAGAUAAAAACCACGUAUUAUCUAGGUAUAAGUUAUCAAAUUGGGGUGUAUUGUGUUUAUUGGAAAAUUACUCCAAAAUGAUGACAGCAUCUGAAAUUGAUACAGAAGACUUUGAUAGUAAAACAACAGAUAACUCUGCAAUUAUUGAAGUUAGUAGUACGACAACAAGUAGUGUAAUAAAACAACAUAGCAAUGAUCGCGAUUAUAUUUCAAAUUAUAACACUGGAAAUGAGGAUUCAAUAAUUGCAUCGGCUUCUAUUGAUAGUUUUUCAACUUUACCAGAACAAGACACGUCAGAUGGUCAAUUUGAUAAUCGGGAUCUGAAAGUUAAAGUAGAUAAUCCUAAAAAACACUUGGAAACUUUAGAAACUUACAUAACAUUCCGUAUUACCACUAAAACUACAAGAUCAGAAUUUGAAAAAGAAGAAUACAUAGUUCGAAGACGGUAUAAUGAUUUCAUUUGGCUACGUCAGAAAUUGGUGGACAUGUAUCCAUCUCAUAUCAUUCCACCCAUGCCUGGAAAGCAUUCACUUAUAGCUCAACUCGAUCGAUAUUCUAAAGAAUUCAUAAUUGCUCGAAUGAAACUAUUACAUAUAUUUCUCAAUAAAGUAGUAAAUCAUCCUAUUCUUAGCUGUGAUAAAUAUUUAAAAGCAUUCCUUACAGCUCAACCGAUUGAAUUCGCAACUCUACGGAAAAAUCGUAAUAAUAUUAUUGGCAGAGUAACAGACUCUUUACAAAACUUAGCUAGUACUUAUUCUAUUAAACAACGUAAUUUAGAAUUUGAGCGUGUUAAAGAUUAUUGUAACGCCCUUAUUGAAAAGUUAGCGCAUAUUGAUAAAAUCAAUAAUCGAAUCCACAAAGAAAGAAAUGAUUAUAUUGCUGAAUUACACCAAAUGUAUCCAAUUUUCAAUCAGUGGUCCGCUUCUGAACGUGAAUUAGCUCCAUUGUUAUUGUCCAUUGCUAAAGCUGUUGAGUCAAAUGCUUUGGCACACCAAAAAUUGAUUGACAAUGUUCCAAAUGAAGAGCGUGAAUAUAUUGCUUAUGUAGAAUCAGUCAAAGAUGCUUUGACUCGACGGGAUAAUAUGCAAAUUGAAUAUGAAUUAACAAUAGAUGAAUUAUCUAAACGGCGCACCGAAAAAGACCAGCUUCUAGAAAGUCCAAAUAGUUCUAAUCGAGGUCAAAAUUGGGGCAACACUUUGUGGAAAUCAGAAUCUCGUGAUGAAAAACUUGAGAGAUUAGGUCAAAAUAUACCACAGCUUGCAAAACGUUCAGAAGUACUUUUAGAUCGUUUAGAUUGUGCUAAUGAAAAUCUAAGGAGUGAUAUUGAACGAUGGUCACUUGAAAAACAAAGUGAUUUAAAGAAUAUAUUAUUGUCUACAGCUGAUAGGCAAAUACAGCUUUAUCAAGAUUGCAUGGAAGGAUGGGAAAAAAUUUUGACCCAUUUAAAAUUUGAUGGUGUUUCCACAGAUAUUCAAACUACUGAAAAGACUAUUUCAACUUGAAAUAUAACAUGCAAUUCUAAGCAAUAUACUUAUUAAAUUUUCUUGUAUAAUAUAAUUUAUGCAAAUAUGAUAAAUUUAAAUGGAAAAAAAAAAAUAUUUAAAAGCACGAUAAAAAUGAAUGUAAUUGUAAAUUAAU